UCCCAAGGUGAACAGACGUUAUAAGUGCAUCUUAAUUAAUCAUCAUCACUAUUUUUUUUCUUUUCAACUUGACUCAAAGUGCAUCAAUUUACUUAUAUUUUUUUGUGAUCGAAUAUACAAAAAACAAGAAAAAAAAACUUCUUGCGAGGAUGGUGAAGCUCAAAACCGGAUAAACGAAACACAGCACAAACCUCAAGAGACAAAACACACAAACUCUUCGUCAGUUUUUUUCCUCCCCCCGAACAUUUCUUGGAUUUAUUUCACGCCCGCCUUCAGGACCCAAGACCCCCCCCCCCCACGCAGGAUGGACGGCGACGCGGAGUGGGUGGGAGUCGACUUUGAAUUCGGUCAACCAGGGAACACAGGACCGACGACCACAGCACGCCCGCGACUACGCCCACGCCCGCCGUUGCCCCGCCCACCGCACGUCGGACCUGCCACGGAGCCGCCCCACGAUGCCAAUGACUCCGCCCCCGCUACGCCCACGGGAGGCUUCAAUGCGACAGCGCUGGCCGGGUCCGUGGGCGGCAUCCUUGGGGUCGUUCUGCUGCUGCUGGUCGUCUACAUGUUCGUGCUCAGGAGGAAGCUUAACAAGGCGAAGCUGGCCCGCGGCGACUCCGAGUACAGGCUGCGCGUGGAGGACGUAGCCCACCUGACGCACCUGGACGAGACGAGCAACACCUACGUGAACACGACCGACCUGCAGAAGCUGGUGUCGUCGGUGCGCGCCAAGAAGAAGGCCGAGGAGAAGCUGCCUCUGCCCCCGCGCUUGCAGCAGCAGGCGCCGCCCCUGGUGAGGAAGCCGACGUCACCCUCCGUCAGCGCCCGCUCCUCGGCGUCUUCCGCGGGCCAGGCGGACAACGACGCCUUCAGGGGCGACGUGGACGUGGUGACCCUGCGGCCGCCGAUGCCGCUGCCGCACCCCAAGCCGGACAUCCUGCAGGGCGUCCUCCCUCCCCGGACGGGCGCCCACGGGUCGGAGCCUGUGUCCGAGAUCAUCUACUCGAACGUGCACCCGCCCUCGCAGCCGGCGCCGCUGUCGCCCGUCUCGAAGGGCGCCCGGGUCGAGCCUCCGAAGAUAGCGCCUCCUCCGCCCCCGGCGAAGAAGCCGAAGCGGGAGGAGGUCGUGACCGUCUCCCCGGCGGUGGUGCCGGUGGGCGGGCCAGAGGAGAAGGACGCCCCGGUGUCCCCCACGGUGAUCGCCCGGCCGGCGCCGCCCCCGCCCGUGGCCAAGCCAACGGCGCCCGCGACCUCUUCGCCCGCCAACACCACAGAGCGAAACGCCGCCCAGAAGCCGACGCCCCCCGUGGCGCCCAAGCCUCAGAAGGCCGUCUCCUCGGAUGCCCCGACGACCGCGAAGACGCCGCCACUCAAACCCAGCCUUCCGAAGGCCGCAAAGCCCGGCGUGCUGAGCAAAGGGCGCGGCCUCCCCCCCCUGAAGAUGGCGCUGCUCCACUCGGACAGCAGGAGCUCCAUCGACAGCUGCGCCACGCCCGACACCAGCGUGCUGGAGCUCACGCCCGACGUGGACGAAGGGCGGGGUUCGGCGUCCAUCAGCGCCAAGAUCGCCUUCCUGGAGGGGAAGAUGAAGUCCCCAGCGACGGUCCCCCGAGGACUGCCUUCCAAGACCUGAGGAACCCCUCCCUCCUCCCCUUCUUUUCGACCAAGACACGAAUCAGUAUUAAGCAUGGCUGUUGAGCGGUACUACGUUUACGAAGGUCUCGAGGGGCGAUGGCCGGAGAGCCCGCAGCGAGGGGCCUGGUUGGAAGAGCGGUGACUUCCGAGGGAGUGAGGACAGCGCAUCCCCUGACGUCACGUCCCGUCCAUAUGGGUUUCCCGACUCGCCCUGAGUUGGCUGACGUCGCCCACUGCACCUCAUGACUUGGGCCGAUGGUAUCCGUAAAUGAUAAAUGUAAAUCACGUCCGUAAAUGAUUUUCGUAAAUGUCAUCCUUAAAUGAUGUCUACAGAUGGUGUCCGUAAUUGGUCCGUAAUUGAUGUCAGUAAAUGAUGUCCGUAAAUGAUGUCAACAGGACCCACGCAGGAAGCUAUGCGUAGUGAUAAGCUUUUGUCAUUAGAUUUAAGAUAUUCUUGUCUCAAGAAUUUUACGUAUCGUUGCCUUUCAUUUAAGAAAAAUGUUUUGUUUCUAUAUUAUACAGAAAACCCGACAUCAGGUGCAAUAUAUAUACUCUUUGUGAUGUUGGUAAAUACAUAUGUAUGUGUGCAUAUGUUUACGUGUCUAUAUGUUUGUAAGUCUCUAUAUAAUGAGAUAUAGAUAUGGUUAUACAUAUAUUUGUGUGUAUUGUGUGUAUGUGUGUGUGUGUGUGUGUGUGUGUGUGCGUGCGUGUGUGUGUGUUUGUGUAUGUGUGUGUGUUUGUGUGUGUGUGCGCACGCGUGCGUGCGUACGUGUGUGCGUGCGUGCGACCGUGGAUCACUUUGUGUGACUAUAUGUAUUAUAUUAAUAUAUGUAAAUAUGUAAGUGUAGGGUGUAUGAAUAUCUUAGUUUAGUAUUGAGUGAGAUCUGGUCUAAAGUUAAUUUAUUUUGUGAAAGAAGAAGAUCGCUAACGAUAAACAGUUAGUUACAUGUGAGAUAUUAGAGAUUGCCAGAGGGUGUCGUGGAAUGUGAUGAAAAACAAUGUAUAUGAAGGCAGAAAAAAAUGGAAACUUGUUGGAAUCGGAAUAAAGGCAUAAAUAGAAAAAGAAGAAAAAAGAAGGAAAAGUUAUGAUAGAAAGAGGAUAAUAAAGAAGAAAAAGUAAAGAAACACACAAGAAUUAUACGAAGACAGACUAAUGAGAUAACGAGAGACACUUAGCAUGAACAAGGAAAGAAAAAUUGGUUACGUCAUGAGAGAAACGACAGGAAGUAGAUAGAGACAAAAGAAAACAGACGAAGAUGAAAACAGUAGAUAACAGUAAAGACAAAUCUAGGACAUGGAUAGACAAACAGGAUAUAAAUGCAUGGAAAAAGAGACGGAACUAGACAUUUAUGAAAAUAAUUGACAAAACUAGACAUUUAUGACAAAAGUUACAAACGUUUAUGACAAAACAUGACAAAAGUUAGACAUUUAUGACCAAAACUGACAACAUUUAGGGACAAAAAUUGACAGAUAUAACAAAGAUAACUUAAGAAAAAUAAACGGAAAAAAGACAAGGACAAUAUAGACAAACAAAUUAAACAAAGACAGGACUAACAUUACAAUGAUUUACAGAAGCAGACGAUUAUGUAACAGUGGACUUGAAACGUGACGUCAAAAUUAUUGAAACUUUGGAAUGCAAAUAAACCCACUAAUAAAAGUCAUAUAGUUUUAGAACUUUUCACAAAGACCGACCCGUUCUUGAGGCAUUUACUGGAAUCUUGUACAUAUGAUUUCUUAUUCAUAUAGACUAAAAUGCUCACAAUAAACAAAUGCAUAUAUAUAUUUAUAUAUAUGUGUUCAUUUCAGUAGGCCAUAUGAUAUCAGGUAUAUCCCAGUAAGUAUAUUAUGAUUAUUAAGAAAGAAUAGUAUGUUUAUUCUUCAGUAUAGCAGUUGAAGAAAACGACAGAAAAAUUGGUUGGUAAUUUUAAGUUGCAUAAUCAAUGAAGCAAUGCCCUGAUUAGGGUUGUUGGCUGAUAAUCAUUGCUGUAUAUACACACGUCAUGUUCAUACAUUUGUAUUUUUAAAAAAAUACAUGGAUACUGUCAUCAUUCAUUAAAUCAUGGAUCAUU